AUGCGUUUCACUACCUCUACUACUUUCUUGGUCCUCUUCUUUGCUAUCCUUAGUGUUGGGUUUGCCUCUAAAAUCAUGGACAGCGAUAGCAUCCGUGAUGGAUUGACUCAAAAUUACCUGGUGCGCCGUGCUGAUGACUCUGCGACCAACGGUCAUGGCCAGGGCUCAGCAAGUUCAUCUGCGCAAGUUUCUACUGCCACAGACGCAUCUGCUACUGCCUCUACCUCCUCAGAGAAAGGAAAAAUGUCUAGUUCAACUGCUGAAACUGGUGCCACCGCCACUGCUGUCACCACAACUAAAAAGAAGAACAGCUCUAGCUUUGCUUCCCCUGAAAUCUUACAAACUGGCACCCUUUUCUACGUUGGUGUUUCUGUUACUACCCUUCUUUGGAUUACUGGUAAAGCUAUUGAUGUCCAAACUAACCGCCAAGAGAGAUACGCUGAAAGCUUAGUGCACAGCAUCUAA